AAAAAGCUUGCUUUGCCUCUAUCUCGUGCUGUGGCGCUUUGACGCAUCUGUUCCCGUCUUCGCCAUGGUGUUUGUGCAGAUUGCCGUUUGGUCGGCGCUGUUGUCACUGUGGUGCAGUUCCCAUGCCUUGAAGACCCUGGAUGACCAAGAUGCUGCGGAUGCGGACGCAGUCGCUCGAUGCUACAGUGGUCCAGAACAGAGCGUGUGGGAGCUGGUUAUGGGAAAACAGAUUGACAUCGGUGCUGCAUCUUCCACCUUGGAGCUGGCUAAGAAGGCUGGUGUCGGACCAGGGAUGAAUGGAGUUGAGCUGAAUUGCAACAAUGGUGGAGGAAUGCGCACCCUUGUUCGCUUGGCUGGAGUCGACUCCAUGAUUGGAGUGGAUCUGACUAAGUCAGUGGUAGAGACUGGCAAGAAGAGGACAGAGGAAGAGGGGCUGAGUGACAAGAUCAAGUUCAUCAACAAGAACUCCUUGGAGAAUGGACUCCCUGAUGCUUCCGCCGAUUUUGUGUACAGCAAGGAUGCUUGGUGCUACAUGCCUGACAAACAGCUCAUCAUUGAUCAAGCUGCUCGCAUCGUGAAGCCCGGAGGAAAAGUCAUGUUUACGGACUGGAUCGAGGGUGAGGGACUCUCCAAUCCGGAAGCGCAGAGAUUCUUGAGCCUUAUGACAUUCCCUGCCAUCCCGACGGUGAAGGAGUAUGCGCAGAUGCUGGAGAAGGCACACUUUGAGGUUGAAGUUGCUGAGAACAGUGGCCGCUUCUCACCUGCCAUGGACAGCUAUGUGCACAUGCUGAAGUUGCAAGCAGUGUACGAUACGAAGAAGUUGCUGGGUUGGGAUGAUGAAGCUUAUGACAAGUUGAUCUCCGAUUUUGAGUUUAUGGCCAAACUUGCUCGUGAAGGAAAGAUCAUUCAGGGAAUGUUUGUUGGCCGCAAAAAAGAUGUGCAUCGCGAGAUGUGAGUGAUGUAUGAUGAUGUGGAUAGUGCAGGCCAGGCACUUUCCGGAAAGUUCCUUGCACCAUUGUAGCAAAGUUGUUCUUGACUUUUGAAGGCUCCGAUGAAUUCGGUUUCAAGGCACUGUAUUGCAAUACAGUAGCCGAUUAUGAGGGGCCAUUGCUUGCACAGGUCAAAGAGCCACUGUUCCAUUUAGGGUGAGACUUGAGAGUGCCCUGCCACAUGUCCUUUCCAACAUAUCCCCAAACUAUUUCUUCCGAUGGACACAGUAUUCAGUUCGCUGAGAUGGAGUGGAGUGGUAGUGGCAAACGUUAUUCGAUCAAGGACAGUCAGUGGCGCGCUCGCAUUUUCCUUGCCAAGUCAAAGCUCAUUAGUACCCACAUUAGUAUUCACGAGUGUAAAUGCUCGUGAUGUGCUCCUGCCUUGAAGCUUCACUUCGACUGCUCAUCGUGGAGAAUCUCUAUUCUGGUCGCUUGCCGAAGGGCGCAAGCCCCGAAGUGCGUGGACAAAGCAGGAGGGGCGUCGGCU